AUGUUUCUGAUCUUAAUUGAUUUUGUUGUCAAUCAAAAAAUCGAAUAAAAUUAUUAGAAAGUAAUUGGGAUUCAAGUUUUCUAAAUAAGGAAUUUAACCAUAAAUGGUUUAUCCGAGAAAUAAAAAAUUUCAAUAGCUCUUAAACAUAAUGAUGGGGAAAUACCAAUUCUCUUAUUGUGUCAUAAUAAACCAAAUGUUAAUAUGUCAAUGGACUAUGAUUCAAUCUCAAAGUAAAAUAAUAUAUAAUUUAUAGGGAAUAAUGUUAAUAUGAUGUAAAUGCUUAUGAAGUUAGGAAUAAAAAGUAAGUAUUUUCUCUUUAAGGAAAAUAAAUAUUAGGAAAAUUUCAUAGGAAUUUUAAUAUUUAUGAAUUUUAAGAUGUAGGUUUAUUUGUAGGAGCAAUUUCAAAACUUUAAUCAUCUUAUAGUAUCCAUGCAGAAAUAUAAUCAAUAUAUGCUUGUUCAAAGUAAAUAAAUUUAUAAGAAUUAGAGAAUGUCGAAAUGGAGGAAGUUGUUUUUAUGGAAUUUGUGAAUGUUUGCAAGGAGCUUUUAGUGAUGAUUGUAGUUUAUAAGGUUUAAAUAUAUUAGAGCAGUAAGCUCUUUCAUCAAAUUAUUUAUAUUAUUUAGACAUUAAUUAAGUUAAUGGAUCUAAUUUUUUACGGAUACUUUCAAAUUCUAUUCCGCUUAGACUAUAAUGUUAUGCUGAUAAACCCUAAAUUAAUCAUGGAACUUAAAUUUUCACUAAUCUUAUAUAGUUAGAUCAUGAAAGAAUAGAAUAUUGUAAGACUAUUACAAUCUAAGUCUAAGAUUAAAUGAAAGUCUAAUAAAUUCCUUAUUAUUUGUUUACAAUUUUAGAUUAAAAUAAUGUGGAAAUAUUAGAAAACAAUUUUGAAGAUUCUGGUUUGUCAAAGAUUAUGUUAAUUUUAUUCAUUCCUUUAUCAAUGUUACUAUUACUUUUUUUGAUUUGUUGUUGCUCUAAAUUAUUAAAAAAUAAAGAAAAUUUAUAAAAUUAAUAAUUAUAGACAGAACUUGUACCUAAUUAUGUUGAUUUAUAUAUGCCUACUUUUAAGUUUUAAGAGAUUAGAGAAACUGAUCUUGUUAACAUUAAUACAGAUAAUUAAUAUUGCUCAAUAUGUUUAGAAAGAUUUGAUUUAUUAAAUAAUGUUAAAAUCACAUACUGUAAACAUUUAUACCAUACUAAAUGUCUAAAACUUUGGAUUGAAAAAAUAAAAGUAAUUAAAUUAUUUAAUUAGAUUUGUCCACUUUGCAGAGCUCCUUUGGAUGAAUAGACAAUUAUUUCUAUGCAACCUUCAAAAUCUAUGACUCUUAUUGAUUAAAUUUCAAACAAAAGUUCUAAUAAAUUCAAACCAUCAGUUGGAUCAAUUAGUUCUUUUAAUAAUUAAAUCACAAAUAAAUUUUAAAAUUUAAACUAUCAACGUAGUUUUGUUUGCAUUGAUUAAUGA